AUGGCCGCCUUUAUGCAAGUACCUGUUCCACCUCAGAGAAAAGAAAGGCAUUUUCGCCUCAAAGAUGACCUUUCUUUGAAUUUGUCCAAUGAGGAAUUAAGAGAAAGGUACAGAUUUGGUAGAGAAGGAAUUAUGUUCAUUUCCAACCUAGUUAGCAAUGAUGAGUCAAGAAAAACAAAGAGAAACCAUGCCCUCACUGUGCCACAGCAAGUCAUGGUUACCAUGAGAUUUUUAGCCACAGGCAGUUUCUUGCAAGUAGUUGGAGACACAAUAGUAUAUAAUCAAACGGUAAAUACACAUUUUAUUUUUGUACUUUAUCGAUCUCCAAAAUUGUAUGUUGUUGUUUUUGGUCUGUUUACAGGUUUGCACAAGGGAACUGUCUCACGUAUUGUGUCUGAUGUUUUGAAUUCAUUACGUGACAAACGGGACGAGUUUAUCAAGUGGCCGAUAAAUGUUGAUGAAACAAGAGGAGACUUUUACCGUCUAAGUGGUUUCCCAAAUGUGCUAGGGGCAAUAGAUGGGACACACAUCCGUAUCCAGGCUCCAUCAGAAGAUGAACCAUCAUUCGUGAAUAGGAAAGGGGUACAUUCUGUCAAUGUGCAGGCUGUUUGUGAUGCCAGAGGUAAAUUCACAAACAUAAAUGCAAACUGGCCAGGUAGCAGUCAUGAUUCCCACAUAUUCAGGACUUCACAAGUGUGUACCUACAUGGAACAAAAUGGUGGAUGGGCAAAUGGUGUACUGCUGGGGGAUAGUGGUUAUCCUUGUCGUCCAUUUUUGAUGACCCCAUACCAGAAUCCUGUACAAGAUCAUCAGAAAAAGUACAAUAGAUGCCACUGUUCAACAAAAAGUGUGAUUGAGAGAACAUUUGGGAGGCUGAAGAGACGGUUCCAUAUAUUACACUCAGAGAUAAAGCAUAAAAAAAAUCAAUUCUUUAUGCAAAUGAUCAGUGUCAUAGAACAUAAGGGGCAAGGAUGA